CGAGAUGACCACAGCCACCCCUUUGCGGGGUACUACCUUCUUCUCCUUGAACGUGACCACCAGAGAAGAAGACUUCCUGUACAAGAGUUCUGGAGCCAUUGUUGCGGCCAUUGUGGUAGUUGUCAUCAUCAUCUUCACCGUGGUUCUGAUCCUGCUGAAGAUAUACAACAGGAAAAUGAGGACCAGGCGGGAGCUGGAGCCCAAGGGGCCCAAGCCAGCCUCCCCUUCUGCCUUGGGCCCGAACAACAACAGCAGUCAACACCCUGCAACCGUGACCUUCAGCCCCGUUGACGUCCACGUGGAGACUCGGUGACCACCCCCCCCACCUUGGUGCUAUCUUGGCCACCAUCCAAAAAGCCUUCUCCAGUCAAGACCCAGAAGCACAUAUCUCCUCUGGCAGCUUCACUAUGAGUUCCUUCCGGUUGGGUCGACAAGGGGCAUCUCAUGCAAGUCUGGAUGCUUCAGGCAACCCCCAACCCUGCCCUGCCCCGCCCCACCCUAGCUGUGUCCAUGUCCCUGCUGCCACCCUUCCAAAAAGCUGUGGGACAUUGUUUGUGCUCUGAUGAGGUAGAGCUAUGCCGGCAAUCCACUGAAGUGGGUGUGGCUCUCUCGCCCAAACACAAUUGCUAGACAGACAGCCCAGGAAUCUUCUGGGCAGGAGUCAGGGGUCAGAGCAUGCUCCCAAGAGUAUCACUGCAGAGUCUGCCACUGCGGUCCUAUAGGAAUCAGUGCUGUAGCCACAGCUUUGCAGAGCAAAAUACUCAAUGCCGUUCAUCGGGCACAGGGGAACUAACUUGGGCUAACUAACCAAAAAACCAACCCGUUAAUUUAUAACUUGUUCCUGUACUAGAUGACUGCUAGCUAGCUCAUGACAACCAGUCAGCAGAUUUCUCCGUCUUUAAGAAAGGUAAUGGGAAAGACAAUUCUUCUCGAAAGGUUUCUACUUCAUUAGCAAAGAGUCAGAGGACAAGGAAUAGGGUGACCUUGAGGAAUGAUGGCCUCUAGGGCAAAAGCUUAUUGCGGUGUCCUCGGGCCUUGAAUGAGCCAGGAGCGGGUCAGAGCCCGUCCUCUCCCUUUGGGGCUGGAUUAAGCCUAACUCAGUCUCAUUUCUUGGCUUCCCUCUGUUUGGAUUCUGAGCAGUCCCCUCUCUCCAGGUCACAUCUCCCCUCCAAGGACCAGUAUUAGAGACGGAUAAGAUUACAACCCUGUUUAUGUUACCUGUGUCCUUCCCGGUGACCUUGCAGAGAUCCAGGGCACAUGUAAAGCACCACGUUCGCAAACCAUUUCUCUGUACGGAGCUGAUCUCUUUGACUCCUUAGCCCAGAGAACAAUCUAUUGAGAAGGAAAAGCAUUUUGAAAUUAAGAAGGCUUGCCUUCCAAGCCCUACCUCCUGGUCGUGUGGCCUUGGAAGAGUCACGUGGGCGCUCCAUAUUGGGUUUGCUAACCAUAAGACUCACAGACUUGACUUUAAUUAGUCAAGGACUUGGUAGGUAGAGCCGCUCGGGUGGUACCUGGCACUCAGCAAAUGCUUAAUUCAUGAGAGCCAGCAUUAUUGUUACAGUAUUUCUUCAAUUGCAGGACGUAUUUGUUCACAUGUUAAAUGAUUCUGAAAUCAGAAUUUGUCUUAAAAUUGAUGGGUCCAUUAAUGUAGUAUUUUUUUCUCUCUCCAAAAGCUGUCAUGUACCUUACAGUUGAAGGCAUCUUGGAAACAAGGCAAUAAAUCUUUACUCUGUUGCAGAAAGUGA